CAUUUGAGAAUAGAAACAGUAAGAAGUGGAGCAGCAGACUAAGACAUACCGACAGUGUGGACAACAUCGGCUCUGCGCUGAAGACGACAUCAGCACGAGACAACAGGCGGUUGAUGUGCGUCCAAGCCUGAUUUAAGAAUGAGCAGGAGAGGGAGGAGGAGGAGCAGCAGGAGGAGGAAGAGCUCCAGCAGCAGCAAACAGAGCAUCUCACAGUACAUCUGUCCGAAGCAGAACAAAAACAACAGCGUCGAUGACAUCACUGAAAAGGGCGAAACUGACUCGUAUCGCAGGGAAAACCUCGUGUCAGGAUCUGAAGACGAGGAGAAGUGUGACAGUUGUCCACCGAAGGAGAAAAAGUUCAAACAGGAUCAUCAGAUGAAACCAAAUCUGAAUCUGAAUCAGUGGGACCUUUACACCAGAACCAGUGAGGACAGAGACAAGGGGGUGAAGGUUGUAACGUCAGUGUCUGUCAGCGAUCUGAGGAACUCAUCUCCGAAGAUCACGUUUGAGCAGCAACAGCAGCCUCUGUGUGAAAACACCGGCCGCUGCCCCCCGCUGGUGACCAACGUCAUUAACGUCCACCUCACAGGGUCCAACGUCAAACUGGAGAUCGAGGAAAGUCUCAACUGUCUUAAAACCACCUUUGUUUUCUUGAAGGACAAUGGAACCGAUUCCCAAACAGACUCAGUCAGAGCAUGUGACAGUAGAAGAACUGCAGAUGAUGACUCCCAUGACCUGCCAUGUCAAAACCUGCCCGGCAACAGUGGAGAUGAAAAUACAAACUUAUCGUCAACAAACGUAUUUUCUUUCGGCCGACCAAAUUCCUUUAAUCCAACAAUUAUGUCGGAAAAAUUUAGCUUCGUCUGUCAAAAUCAACAAGUGCCAACAGAACGCCAAUCAUCUCCGGCGACGACGGUGAACGCCGAACCUUGGGAGAAGAGGAACAACUUUCACAAAAGGUUCAGCAUCAAUCAGUUCUGGGACAUUCCUCCACCACAAGAGUUUGCAGACAUCAGUGGCAACAUCAUGGAGGAACAAAGAAAUGUUUCCAGUUUGUCCAAAAACAGCCAGGAUAAUCACAUGACCUUCAACGGAACUCACAACGGAGAAUCCACAGAGGACCGAGGAGAUCUGACUUCCUCUCCUGAUCAGUUCUCCGAGUCUGACAACUACUCUCUGUUUGCCAGAACUUCUUUGUCCACCAACAGGUCCAGCUUCACCCAGGAAUUCAUCAACUCCCAGAGGAGAAGGUCCUGGAUCAGGAACAACAGCAUUGACACCGUGGAACACAGAGGAUGUCCAUUACCGAUGAAGAGGAGGCAGACGUUUCCUGGAAUGUUGGGAGGUCCGGGAUCCAUGCAAGAAGAUCUUCUGCUGCCCUGUGCUGAGUCUUUUUCCUCGUUGAACAUGUGCUCAAGCCGACGUGAGAACGUUGAGGAGAUUCGCCAGACCCUGGAGAGGCUCUCAGAUAUUUCUUCAGAAACUGAAGACAGUCCAAAACCUGCCUCCGAGAGACGGGACAGGAAGCAGUUAGUCCUCAGUCAGUUCUGUUCUCUCAGCUCCGAGGUCGCUCCUGAAGAUGUCUUCAGCAAACAAUCUCCGAGUCUGGGCAACGUUACGUACCACUGUGAAGAUCUCCAACAGCGCUUCAAAGACAUGGAUCAUCUGGACAUUGGGGGGCGUGAAUAUAAAGCAGAGCACAGUGAAGUGGAAGACAGUGGUUUUGACCAGGAAAUGGUGGAAACGGACCAUCACAACAGGGAGCAGGACUCGAAGGACUCUGGAGGACAAACCUUCUCCAUACAUGUCAUCCCUCCGUCCUGCAGUGGCUCAGAGGAGCAGAUGCUGGAGAGUCAAACGGUCCAGCUGAUCCCAAAUGACCUGCUGCAGGACCAGUCCGUCUUAGCUGCACCAGAGGACAAGUCCUCGGUCAUGACUCUGGGUUCACUGGAGCACAGGUUCCUGCAGAUGGACAUCAGAUCUACAACCAGCAGCCAAAUGGAAAAAGCCACCGCGGAGGAUACCCACGUCUCCGUCCCACAGGAUGGACACGCUGAGUCACCGGACAAAGGAGCUAAAGCUUCAAGUGAGAAGGAGGAUUCCGGAAGUUCUCAGCAAACCACGGCAGAAGAGAAAAAAGACCAGGGACGGUUUUCCAGAAGGUCAACGCGGGCAGAAAUCCACACGAGGGAGCAGCUGAGCAGAAGUCUGACUGACAGACAACUCAAAUGCUCUUCUCUCGAGGUCAAAGAGCAUCUGAAGCCUUUGAUGCACAAAGAUGUGGAGACCAGCAGUGGUUCAGACCACUGGGCCAGGAGGAGGAAGCUCUUCAAGGAGAGUAAACAGUGGAGCUCAGCCGGAGGAAGCUCCGUCACCAGUGACAUCACAGAGGAGUCAGUAUCAGAGGAGUCUCCGUCUGUGGACAUGACCGUCAGAGACAACGAAGAUGGAGGUUUUUAUAUGGAGACGUUCCAUUCUUCAACCUGGAUUUACCAAGGAGACAACCUGGGUCCAGAGGUGAUCCCUUCGAGCCUGAACACCAGGACUCGAGCCAGUGCAAUUCGGGAGAGGACGGUGCAGAUCAGUAAAGGCAGCGGAGAAUAUCCCUGGGGUUUCAGGAUUCAGUUCUCCAAACCCAUUGUGGUCACGGAGGUUGACACAAACGGAGCGGCAGAAGAAGCAGGUCUGAUGGUUGGAGACUACGUCUUGGCGGUGAAUGGAAUCGACGUCACCAGUAUUCCUCACUCCGAGGCCGCUGAUCUGGCCAGACAAGGACCAGAUGAUCUGACGCUGACCAUCGGCUCCGACAUCGCUCGAGGACCCAACACCCCCCGUCCUUCAUGUCGAGGUUACCUUCACAAACGCACCCAGUCUGGUCUGAUCAAAGGCUGGAGGAGACGCUGGUUUGUCCUAACACAUGACUGCUGUCUGCAGUACCACAGACACAAACGGGAUGAAGGGAAGAGACGAGCCCUGUCUGCUGUGAAGCUGGAAGGAGCUGACGUCGGACCAGACUCCUCUCUCGGAAAACCCUUCGUCUUCAAGUGCCGUCCUCUGGCCGCCAACCGAGUUUUCUUCUUCUGUGCCACUUCCAACCAGGAGAUGAAAAGGUGGCUGGAGGCAAUGGAGAGAGCGAUUCACCCAGUAGCACAGAACCAUGUGUGGGUGGACGUCACCAGACACAACUCCAAUCUGCCUCCACUGGCGGUGAAAAACCCCGAGUGUCUGGGUUUGCUCCACAAAAUGGACAAGAUCAAGGACACGUGGGUCCAACACUACUGCAUCCUGAAGGAUGGCUGUCUCUACCUCUACAGUGGCAUCCGUGCAACUCACGCACAUGGUGGGAUCUACCUUCACGGCUACACGGUCAGAGAGCAGUCGUACACGUUCAAGAAAACCACCAUUGAGCUGAAACCUCCAUCCGAUGAGUUCAAGACCUUCUAUCUGUGUGCGGAAAAUCCUAAUGAGAAUAAACGGUGGAUCGUUGCUAUUAAGGCUUCUAUCAAAAAGUGGCUUCCUUUACACCAGGCUCUUCAGGACUACAUGAACCGACCACCGGAGGAGACCAGGAUGUGAGGACAUUUUAAAAAACAAAUUAUCAUGAUUUUUAUAUUUUCUUGUUUUCAAUGUAUAUAUUGUAAUUUUUUAACAAAAUCAUAAAUAAUCAAUGUUUUAAGAUUUUUUUUUAAUUUUUAAGGUCAUGUACUAACUUCCCCUGAGUCCCACAGUUGUGAACAUUUUUUUCCCCAUUUUUCUUAUGAUGUUUUUUUUUGUAUUUUUUAUGCUAAAUUGUAGCCUACUUGAUACUUUGUUUUGCUUUUCAAUGGAAAAAUUAAAACGUAUGUACACCUCACAA